AUAAUUGACAGUGCAAGAUGGACAAUUAUCAUGUGCUGGAAAUCAUUGGGGAAGGGUCCUUUGGAAAGGUGUACAAGGGAAGGAAGAAAUACAAAGCACAGGUCGUGGCCUUGAAAUUUAUACCCAAAGUUGGAAAACCAGAAAAAGAGCUGAGAAAUCUACGCAGAGAAAUUGACAUUAUGAGGGGACUGCAUCAUAGCAACAUUAUAGAAAUGUUGGACAGCUUUGAGACCGAUAAAGAGGUAGUUGUGGUGACUGACUAUGCAGAAGGAGAACUGUUCCAGAUUUUAGAGGAUGAUGGAAAUCUUCCAGAAGAACAGGUGAAGAUGAUAGCAUGCCAGUUGGUGUCUGCCUUGUAUUAUCUUCAUUCUCAUCGUAUCCUCCAUCGAGACAUGAAGCCUCAGAACAUUCUCCUUGGCAAGGGUGGCAUCAUCAAACUCUGUGACUUUGGAUUCGCUCGUGCCAUGAGUUUCAACACACUAGUACUGACAUCUAUCAAGGGAACACCAUUAUACAUGUCACCUGAACUUGUUGAAGAAAAACCCUACGACCAUACAGCCGAUCUCUGGGCUUUAGGCUGUAUCUUGUACGAGUUGUUCACAGGAACCCCACCAUUCUACACAAACAGUAUCUUCCAGUUGGUCAGUCUGAUCAUCAAGGACCCAGUGAAGUGGCCAAAAAAUAUGACACCAGUGUUCAAGGACUUCCUGCAGGGCCUGUUGACCAAAAACCCCAAAGUGAGACUGUCGUGGCCUGAUCUGCUACACCAUCCAUUUGUAGUUGAUGGCGUAAAUGUGCGAGAAGAAGAUAUCAACCUGCCAAGUCCCUUUACACAGCCCCUCACUGCCUCCAUGCAGAUCAUGAAGGAAAAACAGGCCAAAGAGAAGGCACACCCACCUGGCACAUCAAAAAUACUGGCCAAGGCCAAGCGCAAGGCGAUGGAGGAGGAAAAAAAGAAAGGAACAAGAGAGAUCCCUGGUGCAGAGAAAUACAACAACAAUGGCAAGGAGGCUUGGGGUGAUAAACCUAAAAAGAAUGGAGAAACUGAAGACAAACAGGAACAACCAGCCAAUGGCAAUGGUGCCAAGUCUGCACCAACUGAAGGGGAGCGUCCACCUUCAGAUGCAGCUUGGGUCAACACUGGGACCAGUAAGCGAGAUGAAGGUCUUGAAAUAGAGAACCUUAGCCCUACACCAAGAACUGAUCGGAUAAGUAAGGACUAUGAGAAAGAAUACCCGAGUAUAGAGAUUGAAGGCCGACGCACUGUGAGACGCAGUCCAGACAACAAAAAAGAAAAACGCAAGAAUAUUGAGAAAGUCAAACUUGAAGGGGAGGAUGUAGACAGUGACGACGAGUGGCAGGGUCUGAUUGAUGCCACAGACCAGGAGGGAGACCCAGAGGUUGCUAUGAAACUUCUUAAGGAUCAGAAAUUUCAUGGAAAGCUGAAGACAAGGAUAGGCAACAGCUCUGGUCAAGUAUUAGAUGGGAUGCUAGAAGGUGCAGCCAGACUACGGACUGUCCUGAGAGUGGUCACUAAUCUAGUGACCAUUAAGUGUGAAGUUAAACUUAUCCUGGACUUUCUCAAGGCUCUGUCCAUUCCCAAACAAGUCUUACAGCUGAUUACAGAAAUCCUGGAAAAGUCAAAGGUCAAACAGCAACCUUGGUGUCAGCAGAUAUUGAUGGAUCUAGUGAUAGCCCUGAAUGCUUACUUUGCCUGUGAGAUCAGUUGGUGUGAUCAGCUAGAGAAGGAAGUGAUACAGGAGUACUAUGAUGCUAUGCUACAGUUUAUGUCCCUAUUCCCCAAGUUGGUCUGUCUGCCUGCAGAUGAGGACUUAAGACUGAGGGAGCAAGCUGUCUUGUGUGGAAUGUUUACAUGUGAGGUAAUGGAGAGAAACAAGUUACAUCUAGCAAACCAGUACUUCACCCAGUUAGCCAGUAAACACACAGCAGCCAUAGAUGCUCUGCUAGAAUGUACCAAACCAGAUACUCAGAUACUCAAAAAACUCACAGGUAAAUCAGAGGGAUUUUUUCUUUAUCUAGCUGAAGGUAAUGGUAAUGCUGCUGCAGAGAGGAUGGAUACUCUGAUACAGAUAGCAGUGACCACAUUAUCUGUUAUGGUCACUCUUCCCUUGAGUCCUGAUGAGGGAGCAGAUGGACGUAGAAAGGUAGCCCAUUAUUUGGGAGAUAAGCUGGCAUCCAAGGGUGCGGAACAGUUAACUGAUGAUUUUCUGCUAUUAGCUCGACACCCUGGCCACUGUACAAACGUUUUAAAGGUGAUUUACGCGUGCUCACAAGUAUCGUCUGUGUUCUGCUCAUACAUUUCUAACCAGUUAAAACACAUGGAUUCUCUCAUGGGUGUUCUCAUGGGCAAGGUGGAAAUACAGGACAUGGAAAUUAAUUCUGUGAUAGAGAUGAUUCUACACGUGUUCAGUACCAUAGUGAUACAGCUACAGACGAUGCCACAAGUCUUGUCAGAGUCCGCCUCAGUCAUGGUGUCCAUCUUCCUCGAGUCAACCAUUGCUAGUCACACCGCUGCAGCUGCAUUACUGUUUAGUCAAAUGAUAUACUGUGGAAUCUCUGUGGAGGUACAGCCAGAGGAAAUGUUACAAGCUUGUCUAUCUGUCUUCACAGAUCUACAACAGAUCUGUGUACGAUGCCCUUUUGACUAUGGUGUAUUGGAUGGUCUGCUGCUGUUACUGUGUGAGAUGCUGGCACAGGCAGAAGGCCCUGUAGCCCAGAUGUACAUAGACACAGGUAUAUGGGGGACACUCUGGCACAGAGUAGCUCAGGCAUUACAGGUGACCAACCCAGAGACAGACACACCUAUUCAUGACAUUGAAGAGGAAGGGGGACCAGUGUCUGGUUUCCAUCCCCCAGACUGGACACUUGUGUCCCCACAGGGUCUCAUGGCUGUGCUUCAGAUGUCAGUCACUGUCUUCACCAAGGAAACAAACCAAUGUAUUCCUAACCUGGCUGUACCAGACAGUAUUAUUCUUCUGACCAUAGCACAUCUCCUUAACAAAGACUUCCUUGCUGCAAUAGUCACCAGUUUUGAUACAGAGGGUGUGCAGUUGGCAACAGACAUCAUCCUCCAGGUGACACAGCUGUGUUGUUUCCCCUUUGCAAUAGAUUUACCUGAUGACCUCCUCACUGAAGUACAGAGUUGCCUGUUCUCUGUAAAUAUGCUGCCACGACUCUUACAUGCCUGUAAUAAAUACCUGAAGCAGGGUCAAAUGGAAAUGCCCCUCGGCCUCAUCCUACACCUUGUUCUCGGCAGUGAUGACUUCAUGGACAAGUUCAUCAAAUCUCUUAAGGAUCUUAAGGCCCUGUCAUUUCUAAGUAGCUGUGUACAGUCGUCCAGUCAAGAGUCCGUUAUAUGUGAUGUUAUUUCCCUGUGUAAUCAUCUAGUCAGAUCAUCUAAAGAUAAUUAUCAACUCGUCAAGUCUGUCUUCCAUGGUAGUAAGGGUGAUUAUGAACCCCUGUCUGCCUUACUGCGACACCGGUCAGGAGUCGUCAAGUCCAGAACAUGUAGUUUGAUUGGUAAUCUCAUGAAACAUCACGGUCAGUUCUACGCUAUCCUUAAACAGAGAGACAAAAUCCUUUCUGGGUUGAUAGCUGCUCUCAAGGAUGAUGAUCCCCAUGUUCGCAAGGGAGCCAGCUAUGCAAUAGGAAACGCUGCUUUCCACAAUGCUGACCUUUACGCCAAACUUCGACCGGUCAUUCCAGUCCUCAUGGAUCUGCUGCGAGACCCUGUCUCAAAAACUAAGGCUAAUGCUGCCAGUAUGUAUUGUAUCUGUUUAC